AUGGAUAUCGUUGAGCGCUUUGGCGCAUCCAUCGAGCCUUAUGUUAUUCUCUCGCAUACUUGGGAGGAUGAAGAAGUCACUUUUUAUGGUUGGGACAAGCCUAGUAUAAGGAACGAGAUGAAGGGUUUUCAGAAAAUCAGACAAACAUGCGAGCUCGGUGCUGCUGACGGUUACCGGUACGCCUGGGUUGACACCUGCUGCAUCGACAAGACCAACAGUACGGAACUUUCCGAGGCCAUCAACUCGAUGUACAAAUGGUACGAAGAUGCCGCCGUCUGUUAUGUCUAUCUUUCGGAUCUUCGCGAUGGCGCCGGCGACGAGGCAUUAAAAGAACAGCGCUGGUUCAAACGCGGCUGGACACUGCAGGAGCUGAUAGCCCCGCGAGAAGUCCAAUUCUUUUCUCAAAACUGGCUACGCAUUGGAGAGAAAGCUGGCAUGGCGAAGUUGCUUUCCGAAAUAACAUCCAUCAACCAGGACAUUCUAUCCAUGUCUCAGGAUCUGAACGACUUCAGUGUGGCUGAGAGAAUGUCAUGGGCAUCUGGGAGAGAGACGACCAGACAGGAGGACUUAGCAUACUGCUUACUUGGAAUGUUUGGAGUCAACAUGCCAAUGCUGUACGGAGAGGGGAAGAAAGCCUUUCUGCGACUUCAACAAGAAAUCAUCAAAACCACGAACGACCUAUCCAUAUUUGCGUGGGAGUAUGUCCCCGUUGUCCGCCGCACAUGGCAAGAUCACAAUAAUAUUACUUGCGGCAUAUUUGCGGAGUCCCCGAGCGAGUUCGCCAUAAGAGACCCCCUCGUCGGAUCAAAGCUCAAAAUCACAGCUUUGAAGCGGCAGACAGAGGGCGAUGUUACCGUCACGAAUGCCGGCAUCAAAAUAACAUGCAGGCUUCAGCUGGUGUGGACGCGACGUAAGGGAAAUUACUCAUAUGUUCUUCCUGUUGCUCGCACUCACGGGCAAUCUACCAGCAUUCGGAACAUGUUCUUUGACGAUGACUUGGGCGUCAUGCUGAAAAAGGUUGAUUCAGACGUCGAUCGAUACUGCCCCAACGCCUACAUUCUCAAUGGUCUUUCCAUGUGGAGCCCUCUGGAUCGCUACAGAGAACUACGAUUUUACUGGCCGCCGGGAGUCAGGGUUAUCCGAUGUUGGCCUUGGGCUGACUGGGACGAUGAGACUGGAGUAUUCAUGACUGGGCGCGAUGGUCCACGUGGAUCCAUGCUCAUAGAAGUGAAGGUCGAGGACCCCAUUGAUAACAUUCCGGCUCAAAUCAUGGAGUUCAUGUUUGUGUUCUUCGGUCCCCUUGACGAAGACUACCUCACGUACACUCUUGUCGAGUACGGUCCUUAUCAGAUGUCUCUAGAUAUCAUCAAUUUGAGGCUCCAUGGCAGAGACAUGAGCCAUCAAGCAAUGUUUCACGCUUUGAGGAGGUCGCCAAUUCCCAGGCAACAUUCUGCCUUCGCCCUUAUUCCAAGGACUGAGUAUGGCGUCCGUCUCUCAGUACAGGCAGUGGAAACCAACCCUCCGAAGUGGGAGUUUUUGAUGCUCGUAGAUAGCUUCGAUCACAUAUCUGAGGUUGACAUUCUGCCUUGGUCAGACACACCGCUGCAUGUCUAG